AUACAACGAACACAACAAUUCCUAACCGAGAUCUGGAAGUGCAAUCACCGGCACAAACAAGCGCAGAGACACAGAGAGGAGAAACCGAAAAACAAUGCCCAGCUCCCUCCUCCUCCAAAAAUAGUUCGUAUCAAAACCGCACGAUUCCCCCUCCAAUUCCCAACGAACACCGGCUUACCGAUCGGGAUUCUGUUUUUCACUUUCCCCAAAACCAAUUCCCUCCCAACGAAACCCCCACAAAAAGAAAAUCGAUCGAUCGAUACCGCAUUCCCCAUUCCGAUCCUCCGUUCCCUCGAUUCCGAUCAUGGGUCUCCGAUCCCUGUUCCGUAGGAAGAAACCCACCUCCCCGUCGCCGCCGCCGGGGGCCUCCGCGGCGGCCACCCCGCUGGGGUCGCGGUCCUCGUCGAUGGGCCGCCGGUCCCAGAUCGAGGAGCUGGAGCAGGUGUUCCGGAAGUUCGACGCCAACGGGGACGGCAAGAUCUCCGCGUCGGAGCUGGGGUCCAUCAUGAGCAGCCUGGGCCACCCGGAGACGGAGGAGGAGCUGGCCAAGAUGGUCCGGGAGGUGGACUCCGACGGGGACGGGUUCAUCGACUUCGACGAGUUCGUGGAGCUGAACACCAAGGGGGUCGACCCGGCCGAGGCGAUGGAGAACCUGCGGGACGCGUUCUCCGUGUACGACAUUGACGGGGACGGGUCCAUCACCGCGGAGGAGCUGCACAAGGUGAUGCGGAGCCUCGGGGAGGAGAACUCGCUGGCGGAGUGCCGGAAAAUGAUCGGCGGCGUCGACAGCGACGGCGACGGCAUGAUCAGCUUCGAGGAGUUCAAGGUGAUGAUGAUGGUGGGCUCCCGCUACGACAGCACGUCCUCCGGCAAUACCCACAACAAUUAGCAG